AGUUUGCAACUUCGUGGUCCAUGAUCGCUGCCAGAAAACUGUAGCAUCACCGUGUUCCAGCAUUGCCGCCAGCCUUAUCAAGAAUCCAGUAGCUCAUUGUUGGUCGGAGCCUUUCCAUCAUAAAAGAAAAUUUUGCAAUGUCUGUAGGAAAAGACUGGACGACUGUGAAUCGAUUCACUGCGAAAUCUGCGAGUACUUCGUACACGUGGAGUGCCAGGACUUCGCGGUGGCCGAUUGCAAAGAGAACGCCACGUAUUUGCCGGGCAAGCAGCUGUCGUUCGUUCACCACCAGCACCACUGGCGCGAGGGCAACCUGCCCAACAACUCCAAGUGCGCCCUCUGCAAGAAGACCUGCUGGACGACGGAAUGCCUGUCGGGGUACCGGUGCGAAUGGUGCGGCAUGACGAGUCACGCGGCGUGUCACGUGAGCAUCACUGGCGAGUGCACUUUCGGCAUGCUGGAGCCGAUCUAUCUGCCCCCGCAUGCGGUCAGCAUCCCCCGGACGGAGGUGCCCAUGGAGGCGAUCAUCGGGGUGCAGGUCAGAAGGAAGGACACGCUGUCCCAUAUAAAGGGAAUGAUUUUGCAGUCGUCAGUGGCGAUAGGGUAAGGAGAAGUGCUUCUUUGACGAGCGUUCUGAAGCGUCUUUCUAUUGUUUUGCCGAAUUCAUGCCAAAGCAAAUGCCAGACCCCUUUGUCGCCACCCUAUUCUCGAGCGCGGAGUACCUCUGAGGAGUUCAGCAGCGGAGACACAGGUCGGUACAGGGAUUCGGAGGAGUAUGCCCAAUCGCAUCCACCCAGCAGAGACAGUCGGCAAGACAAGCAGAACAAAAAUCAGGAGGAAAGGGACGAAGAGGUGAUAAAGGUGUACGAUGGCAACACUUCUCUGCGCCGCCGCCUCUUCCGCACGAUCGUCGUAUGGCGGCAGGCCAGUCUGCAACAAGUGCUGACGCAAGCGCUGCGUGCCUUCCACGUGACCAAGGAUCCCGAGUCGUUCCAUCUCACCGACUUGUACUCGCCCGAGGAGGCGGUGGUGCGCGAUCCAGCGCCCGUGAUGAGGUUGCACAGGAAAGAGGGGAAGCGGCCGGCUGUUUUCCUCAGACUCAAGGACCGCGACAACGACAGCGGCGAGGUGCGUGUGUACCCCGGCAAAUUGCAAGUCUCGCAGGCAUUCUGCACCGUGCCGGUGGACUUCAAUUCGACGGUGGGCGACUUGAUCCGAGAGGCGCUCAACCGCUUCGGCCUCGACGACUACAACGCCGAGGAUUACCGAUGCAGCGAGGUGCUGUUAGACAGAGGAGUUACCGAGAGGGUGUUAUCAUGGAACGAACGUCCGUGGGAGAUAAUGAAGCAGCUGGGCAAGGACAGCAUAAGACAGAUGGAGCUGAUGCGGUUCUACCUGCAACUCAAACAAGAUCCGCACGGCCCCAAUUUGGCGUUGUUCGUCGGCAAUCUGCCGCCGAACUUGUCCGAGCGCAACUACGAGAAUAUCCUCACCGAUUUUUUAGGAAAGGAAAACAAAUUUUCAAAGAUUGGUCCGAUCUACUACGAAUACGGCUCGAUGGUGAUCACAUACGAAGACUCUGACAAGGCUGUGAGGGCACUCUACACUCUACGAGAGUCCAAAUACGAAGAUAAACAACCAUUACUCGUGAUGCUGUUGCCAAACAUCGAGCCGUCGAUGAUCCCCGAAGGCGUGCAGCCGUUGCUAGUGUUCGUCAACGUGAAGUCGGGCGGCUGCCAGGGUCUCGAGCUCAUCUCCAGCUUCAGGAAGCUGCUCAACCCCUACCAGGUGUUCGAUCUCGACAACGGCGGGCCGCUGCCUGGACUCUACGUCUUCAGAAACAUCAAGAACUACAAGAUCUUAGUGUGCGGGGGCGACGGUACGAUCGGUUGGGUGUUGCAGUGCUUAGACAAUGUUGGACAAGAUUCGCAAUGCUCGUCACCUGCGUGCGCCAUCGUACCACUCGGAACAGGCAACGACCUUGCCCGAGUGUUGCGUUGGGGCGCAGGCUAUACCGGAGGCGAAGACCCCCUGAACCUCCUGCGUGACAUCAUCGACGCUGAGGAGAUCCGCCUGGACAGGUGGACGGUGGUGUUCCAUCCGGAGGACAAGCCUGACGACGGCGGCGGCGGCGGUGGCGGUGGAGGCGGCGGAGGAGGCAACAAGCAGGUCAACUCCACCGUGGUGACAGGAUCGACGAGCGAAGACAAUUCGCAGAUCUUCGUAAUGAACAACUAUUUCGGCAUCGGCAUCGACGCAGAUCUCUGUCUGGAUUUCCACAACGCGCGCGAAGAGAACCCCGGCAAGUUUAUCAGCCGUUUGCACAACAAGAGCGUAUACGUGAAGAUGGGGCUGCGCAAGAUGGUCGGCCCGAAGAUGUGCAAAGAUCUGCACAAGGAGGUCAGGUUGGAAGUGGAUGGAAAGCUGGUGGAGCUGCCGCAGGUCGAGGGCAUCAUCAUCUUGAACAUUUUGAGUUGGGGAUCGGGAGCGAAUCCUUGGGGUCCAGAAAAGGACGACCAAUUUUCCAAACCUAACCAUUGGGACGGUAUGCUGGAAGUGGUGGGAGUAACUGGGGUAGUUCAUCUGGGACAGAUUCAGUCCGGAUUCAGAACUGCCAUGCGGAUUGCUCAGGGCGGACAUAUAAAGAUCCAUCUGAAUUCUGACAUUCCUGUUCAAGUCGACGGUGAACCAUGGGUACAAAGUCCUUGUGACGUCGUAGUUUUAAAAUCCGCCCUGAAGGCGACAAUGCUGAAGAAAAAUAAGUUCAAGCGUCGUCCUACCGAACCGAAUAUACUACCGGCCAAUGGGGAGGGGGGCAGGAGUACAGACGACUGAUAAAAAAAAACCAAAAAAAAAACCAACCCGUUCCAUUCUCAACACGCCACUUAUUUCUUUUUCACAACUCUCUUUCUCUAUUUUAUCAUCUCCUGAGGUUGUCAUUAUUUCAUUUUGAUGUCAUCGGCAUGGGUAUAUCUUUUGCUUGAUCAUUUUGCUUUAUGAUUUGAUUCUGUAGGCUAGUAGAUUUGGAUAUGGACCAGGAAUUACUAUCGAAGCGAGUUUUUCACCUCGUAAAUUAAUGUAUUCUGAUCUCGUCAUAUUGGGAAAUUCGACUAAGUCGGUGUUAACCCGCUGUUGUUUCCUGAGGAGAAUUGAGAUAAAAGAAUUGUGAGACCGGAAGUCUAGAUAUUUUUUUAUAAUACCUAUCUGUUUUUUAUCGCCUUCAAAAUGACAAAAUAUCAUUGUCACAUUGUCAAGUUUUUAUUGACGCUACGCAGAUUGUUAGUCGCUAGCAACUGUCAUCCAAGAAAGUUCAUUAUUUUGAUCUCACUCAUUAUUGUCUCAAAUGUCAUUCAAGCAAGUUCAUUAGAUUAAUGAUUCCACUUAGUAUUGUGUCAACGUUUUAAUGUACUCGACUACAUCCUGCAAGC